ACCCGCGCACAAGGGUUGUAGGACAUUACCGUCCGCUCUCCGCAUUCUAGCGAAGGGCAAGCCUCAUAUCCCCCUCCCAAGACCUCUUUUCGCCGCCGUUCCUUGCAUCCCACGGUAAAGAAGCCACCCAUCUUCUUCCUAGAAAUAUCACGAGCUCCAGUCAAAGAAUCUGAGGGUAGAUUGAAAUCUUCGAAUAUGGUGGUUAAAGACGAAGAGAGUAGAAAAUCGCUGGACCUGUUUCUGAAGAUCGGUCUCGAUGAGCGGACUGCACAAAACACCCUCGCCAAUGCUAAAGUUACUGCCAGUUUGAAUGCUGUCAUUGGUGAGGCGGCUGUUGCUAAUGGAUGUAACAAGGCUGUUGGGAAUCUUCUAUACACGGUUGCAACAAAAUUUCCAGCCAAUGCACUUAUUCAUCGGCCCACCUUGCUUGAGUACAUUGUUUCCUCAAAGAUUAAAAAUGCUAUGCAAUUGGAUGCAGCAUUUGCAUUUUUUACGAGUGUUGGUCCUGAGAACUUCCAUCUGAACGAGUUUGAAAAGGCCUGUGGUGUAGGAGUAGAUGUUUCCUUAGAAGAUAUAGAGAGAGCAGUUGCUGAGGUUUUUGAAGAGAAUAAGGAUGCCAUCAUGGAGCAGCGCUAUGGAAUAAAUGCUGGUAAUUUGUACAAGCAAAUUCGAGAGAGGCAGCCAUGGGCAGAUAUGAAAAGUGUGAAGGAAGUAGUAACAAGGAAACUGCAUGAAUUGCUUGGUGAGAGGACUGCUGCUGAUGAUCAAAAACCUGUAAAAAAGAAGGAGAAGCCUGUUAAAGUUGAGGUUCAGGUUAAUGCUGUGGAUGCUCCUUCGGUUCCACCCUCUGAAGAAGAACUCAAUCCCUUCAGUAUAUUCCCUCAACCAGAGGAGAAUAUAAAGGUACAUACUGAAAUAUUCUUCAGCAAUGGGACCAUAUGGAGACCAUACAAUACAAAGGAAAAACUAGAAAGGCAUUUGAACGCAACAGGGGCUAAAGUUUACACGCGCUUCCCACCAGAACCAAAUGGUUAUCUACAUAUUGGUCAUGCCAAGGCUAUGUUUAUUGACUUUGGCUUGGCAAAGGAGAGAGGUGGAUGCUGUUACCUAAGGUUUGAUGAUACAAAUCCUGAAGCUGAAAAGAAGGAAUAUAUUGAUCAUAUUCAAGAAAUUGUCCAAUGGAUGGGUUGGGAACCUUUCAAGGUGACUUACACCAGUGACUAUUUUCAAGAUCUGUACGAUCUAUCUGUGGAGCUUAUACGGAGAGGCCAUGCUUAUGUUGAUCACCAGUUGCCUGAAGAGAUAAAGGAAUACAGGGAAAAGAAGCUGAACAGUCCAUGGAGGGAUAGGCCAAUAGAAGAAUCAUUGAAGCUUUUUGAUGACAUGAGACGAGGCAUGAUUGAGGAGGGCAAAGCAACACUCAGAAUGAAACAAGACAUGCAAAGUGAUAACUUCAAUAUGUAUGAUUUGAUCGCUUAUCGUAUAAAGUAUACUCCCCAUCCACAUGCAGGAGACAAGUGGUGUAUUUAUCCCAGUUAUGAUUACUCUCACUGCAUCGUGGAUUCUCUUGAGAAUAUCACGCAUUCUCUAUGUACGCUUGAAUUUGAGACUCGUCGCGCUUCAUACUAUUGGUUAUUAGAAGCGCUGGACCUUUACAAGCCUUAUGUCUGGGAGUAUUCACGUUUGAAUGUGACUAACACAGUGAUGUCCAAGCGUAAGUUGAACCGUCUAGUGACUGAGAAGUGGGUGGAUGGUUGGGACGACCCCCGUCUAAUGACCCUAGCUGGUUUACGACGUCGAGGAGUGACCUCAACUGCUAUUAACACUUUUAUCCGAGGAAUUGGAAUCACUAGAAGUGAUAAUAGUUUGAUCCGUUUGGAUCGCCUUGAAUAUCAUAUUAGAGAAGAGAUGAACAGAACAGCACCUCGCACAAUGGUUGUACUACAUCCUCUCAAGGUUGUUAUUACCAAUCUGGAAGUUGGAUCAGUAAUGCAUCUUGAUGCGAAGAAAUGGCCUGAUGCUCAUGCAGAUGAUGCCUCAGCUUUUUACAAGGUUCCUUUCACAAAUGUUGUUUACAUUGAGUGUUCUGAUUUUCGGACUAAGGAUUCAAAAGACUACUAUGGGCUUGCUCCUGGUAAAUCUGUUCUACUAAGAUACGCGUUCCCUAUAAAAUGCACCGAAGUUGUAUAUGGGGAUGAUAAGGAGACUGUAGUUGAGAUCCGUGCUGAGUAUGAUCCUUCCAAAAAGACAAAGCCCAAGGGUGUUCUUCAUUGGGUAGCGCAACCUUCUCCAGCGGUUGAGCCUCUUAAAGUGGAAGUCAGGCUGUUUGACAAACUAUUCCUUUCCGAGAAUCCUGCUGAACUUGAUGACUGGCUAGCUGAUCUGAACCCACAUUCCAAAGAAGUGAUACCCGAAGCAUAUGCUGCGCCCACUCUUGCGAAUGCUGUAAUGGGUGACAAAUUUCAGUUUGAAAGACUGGGCUACUUCUCUAUUGAUCCAGAUUCUAGUGCGGAAAAACUCGUCUUCAACAGAACUGUUACUCUUCGCGACUCCUAUUCAAAAGGUGGGAACAAAUAAGUGCCCCAUGAAUGCAAAUUUGAACUUUUUUAGCACAAAAUACCAACUAAUUAAUUAUGCUGUCUGCAUCAAAAGUGGUCAUUAGACGUGUAAAUACUUGGAACAGCUGUUUGCUUUCCAGAGCUUCAUACAACGUAAAAUCAUAUCA